AUGGGGAGAAGAAAAAAGAGAAAAAGAGACGAAAAUGAGGUGGCCGAUCGUCCUACAGACUCGUCUUCUGAAUCCGAGGAUGAAGAAGUGGGCAAGUAUCAGCCUUACAAGGUACCUAACUACAACCGCAAAUAUCCUGAAAACUCGAAUCUGUCCGAAUAUAUUGUUUUUUUAACUCAUAAUAAGGAGGACCAACAUUUCACCGAUAAGGAUCGUCUGGCCUUGUCGCAAGGGCUGCGUAAGCAUGGCGUGUCUGGCGUUAUGCAUCUUAAAUCUAUUAAUAGAUACAAAGUAGGUAUCACAUUCGAUGUGUCCAAUAACGCCAACGUCUUUCUCCAAAAUAAAAAAUUCUUGGACGAAUUAUCUCUCAAUGCAUCUAUACCGGCUAUAUCAACCGAGGUGACUGGAGUUCUGUCCUCCGUCCCUCUAAGUCUAUCGAACAAAAAAAUAUUCUCACUAAUCGGUAGUUCACGGAAUAUAAUUCAGGUGCGCAGGUUUAUGCGUAGAGUCAAAAAUGAUAUGGGCGCGGUGUCUUAUCAGCCGACGCAGACUGUCGCAGUAACGUUUGCUUCCACUGUGCUUCCAGAAUAUGUAUAUCUUGAUCACUGGCGUCAUGAAGUCAAUCUUUACAUUGCUCCAGUCAAACAAUGUCUUCGCUGCAUGCGUUAUGGACACAUAGCGAAAUUUUGUAAGAAUGCAGAAGUGUGCUCUAUUUGCACUGAAAAUCAUAGUUACCGAUCUUGCCAAACGAAAAAUGAUGAUGCUAAAUGUGCGAAUUGCAAUGGUAACCAUGUUGCGAUUUCUGCUUCAUGUCCCAUAAAACAAAAAAAAAUUGAGGAAAACAAAGUAAAGUCUCGCUCAGUCCAAUAUUCAGACCUUUUCAAUGAAAAUUCUUUCCCUUCUCUCUCAUCAAAGACAAUUGAAACUCAAAUAAACAAUCUUACAAAAUCUGAUAUAUUUUUAAAAUUAUUGACCGAAACAAUUUUAUGUGUAAUUAAUAAUAACAGUACAAAAAAACAACCAAUAAAUACAGGAACCGUUAAAGAAAAUUUAAUAUCUACUCUCAGCAAAACAUUGCUUAAAAAAUAG